CCCAGAGACUGCAUUUGGAAUAGGUUUAAAGAUACAAGUAGCCUUAUUAGAAAAGAAAUUCAGAAAACCUUAAACCCACUACUUUCAUUUCGCCUCCACUGCGGCGGCGGCACUGCCUCCACCACCUCUUGUCUUCGCGCCUCACCAGCGGUCAUUGCCUCUCUUUCUGGAUUGUAAUUUAGACAGUGAAGAUGAUUGCGGCAAUUUCAUGGGUUCCAAAGGGAGUUGCUAAAUCAGUACCUGAAGUUGCUGAACUUCCCUCUAAAGAAGAAAUUGAAGAGAUGCUUCAAAGCGGUGCUCUUGAUGCAGUAGAUGGCGAGGAUGAUGAUGGAGACAUGGAUUUGGAUACUUCCAAGGAGAUUGAUGAAGCUCUACUUGCAUCAGCUGCUGCCCAGGCACUUGGCAAGGAAUCUAAUGAUAUAGCAGAUGCUUUUAAGGAACUUGACAUGGACCAUUAUGACGACGAUGAUGAAGAUGGCAUUUUCAGUAAAGGGCUUGGUGAUGCUUAUUAUCCCAGUAAUGAGUUGGACCCUUACUUGAAGGAUAAGGAUGAUGAUGAUUCAGAAGAAGAGGAGGAUUUGUUCAUAAGAGCAGAGGAUUCAGUAAUCGUUUGUGCUCGUAAUGAUGAAGAAAUCAGUCAGCUUGAGGUUUAUAUCCUAGAGGAAACUGAAGAUGGUCCGAACUUGUAUGUUCACCAUGAUAUUAUUAUUUCAGCAUUCCCUUUGUCCACGGCAUGGCUUGAUUGCCCAUUAAAGGGCGGAGAAAAAGGAAAUUUCAUCGCUGUUGGUUCAAUGGAACCUUCAAUUGAAAUAUGGGAUCUUGAUAUUAUUGAUGAAGUCGAACCAUCACUAGUGUUAGGCGGUAUUGUUGAGAAGAAGAAAAAAGGAAAGAAGAAAUCUAUCAAGUACAAAGAUGGCAGUCAUACUGACUCUGUUCUUGGCCUUGCCUGGAACAAGGAGUUCAGGAAUAUACUUGCUAGUGCCAGUGCAGACAAACAAGUAAAGAUAUGGGAUGUGGCUACUGGAACGUGCAGUAUUACCAUGGAACACCACACAGACAAGGUUCAAGCUGUUGCUUUUAGCCAUCAUGAACCACAAGUUCUUCUAAGUGGAUCUUUUGAUCAUACAAUUGUCAUGAAAGACGGAAGGAAUCCUGCCCACUCUGGAUAUAGGUGGUGUGUUGCCGCUGAUGUUGAGAGCUUGGCAUGGGACCCACAUACAAAGCACUCUUUUGUUGUUAGUCUUGAAAAUGGUAUGAUCCAAGGUUUUGACAUUCGAACAGCAAGUUCUGACUCAGAUUCCGAUUUGAAGCCUAUUUUCACUCUUCAUGCACACGACAAAGCUGCCAGCUCUAUCUCAUAUAAUACUUCUAUUCCCAACCUACUUGCUAGCGGCUCUAUUGAUAAAACGGUUAAACUAUGGGAUUUGUCAAAUAACCAGCCUUCAUGUGUUGCUUCUAAGAAUCCAAAAGCUGGAGCCGUCUUUUCCGUCUCUUUCUCUGAAGAAAACCCUCUUUGGCUUGCUAUUGGUGGUUCCAAGGGAAAAUUAGAAGUGUGGGAUACAUCUUCUGAAGCUGGAGUUGCUAAGAAGUAUACGAAUAAUAACGCUAAGAAGUCUUAGUUUGAUUACUUAGAAGAUUUUAGAGUAGCCGACAAAAAAUUUUGUUCCUCUUGAAGUUCUUAGUUCCUUUGCGUUCAGUGUGCCUGUUUGUGUAUCAUAGAAGUAUUUUUUUGGGUUAAGAUAGGCUUUCCCGCUCAUUUUUUCUCGAAAGAAAAAUUUGAGCGACCUUUUGUUGUGUGACAGAAAUCAAAGUUUGUAACUUAUGCUCAAUUUUUUCUAUUUAGGUUUUCCUCGAUAUAA